AAGCAGUGCACAGGUGACAAGGCAGGCGAUUGGGAAGGUGACAAGGCAGGCGAUUGGGAAGGUGACAAGGCAGGCGAUUGGGAAGGUGACAAGGCAGGCGAUUGGGAAGGUGACAAGGCAGGCGAUUGGGAAGGUGACAAGGCAGGCGAUUGGGAAGGUGACAAGGCAGGCGAUUGGGAAGGUGACAAGGCAGGCGAUUGGGAAGGUGACAAGGCAGGCGAUUGGGAAGGUGACAAGGCAGGCGAUUGGGAAGGUGACAAGGCAGGCGAUUGGGAAGGUGACAAGGCAGGCGAUUGGGAAGGCGAUGAGGAGGGAAUCCCGCUGGGGGUGUGGAAGGGGAGGGGAAAGACGAACGACGAACGA